AUGUUAUGGGCACGGCAACACCAUAUUGGGCCUUGGCUAUGUACGUACUAGUAGUAUGGGAAGACUCGAUUACAUACCUUGAUCGAUAUCAUUUCAACAAUUUGGCAAGGGCUCGUUGUCGGCCUGGUUCCAUUUGACUACCAUGAUAUCUGCUGACGGUUUAGAAGCAACCUGGACGUUUUCUCAAGCAUUUACAUCCUCUUUCCAAGCGUCUUGUUCUGAACUUGCCUCUCGUCUCAAAGUUGCAAAUGCAGAUUCUGUGCACUUCAUCGCUGGAGAAAUACAAGCUCUCAACAAACGUUUGACUGAAGCUACGGGGAGGCUUCCAAGCUAUGAUCAAAGACAAAAUGAACUGCAACUCAAAGCGUUAGAAAAGUCGCUCGAGGAAUUACGCUCAUCGACCGCAGGGAAAACGAAAUUCGCAUUCAAACGGAAGGCUAAGAUACCAGCGUCAGCAUCAGCUUCAUCAGAGACCGCGACACCACCUGCUUCGGCGAUUGCACCGGCAAUACCUGCAGCAAUAAUAUCUAGUACCUCCAGAACGAUAUCCGAUCACUCCAAUUGCUAUCUCUCUAGAUCGUGCCUUUGCGGCACCAGCUCAUCCACAGAUCACGUAGAGGUGUCUAUAAUAAGAAUAUCGAGUAGCAUCUUAAAUCUUCUUACGACCAAGAAUGAGUCAACUCUGUCUGCUAAUACUAUUUCACUCUCGGCGCUUCACAUCCGCGACAUACAGAAUUCAAUUCUUAUUCUGGGGACCGUCGAUGGAAGCAUUAUGUUACACAACUUGACAAAUUGCGUGGUUGUUGCUGGAUGUCACCAGUUCAGGAUGCACAACUCUACUGCCGUAGAUGCCUAUCUUGACAUUACGUCGAAUCCAAUCAUCGAAAGCUGUGAUCAAGUGAGGUUCGGCGCGUACCCGACCGAGUUGAAGACCACCACUGAACAGCAACCUCUGGUCACCAAAAAACAUACCGAAUUACCUUUCUUACCCCAGGAUUUCUCGCACAUUCGCGCCACACCAUCGCCCAAUUGGAGAGUGCUGGAAGAAGACGAAUUGGUUCGUGAUUGGCCCCUUUCAGAGAAAGACUAUGCUGUUCAACUCGAAAGGGCAUUGCCCCAUCCCCAAAUAUGAUGGUUAUCGCCUUGUGGACUUUAUAUCACUGGGCACGCACGUGCAGUGCCCCUAUCGGGUGACUACGUCAACGUCUGGUCAGAUGUACCAAAUGGAUCAAGUUCCAUGUUUCUUUUCGGUGUCGUCCAUUUGGGAAUCUCCUCUCAUAACUCACCCACAACGCCUGAGUGCGAGACUAGCCCCGACAAGUAGUAUCGAGGGCGGCACCGAAAGCAGGCAAUUAUCAACAAGGAACC